GAUUAUCAUGGCCAGGCACAGUCCUUCCAGUUUGCUAACAUGGUUGCUUUUUUUACUCCACGGCCAAUUUCCACCUGCAAACCAGCCUUACAGAACUUCCUAUCACUUCCAGCCUCUCCAAAACUGGAUGAAUGAUCCUAAUGGGCCUAUGAUUUACAAGGGAAUUUACCAUUUGUUCUACCAGUACAACCCCUAUGGUGCAGUUUGGAGUGCCAACAUAGUGUGGGCACAUUCAACAUCCACUGAUCUCAUCAACUGGAUUCCCCACAGCCAUGCCAUCUACCCGAGCCAACCAUCUGAUAUCAAUGGGUGCUGGUCAGGUUCUGCCACAAUACUCCCAGGUGGGGAACCGCUGAUCCUCUACACUGGCAUAAACCAAAAAAACCAGGAGGUCCAGAAUCUGGCAAUGCCCAAAAACCUCUCUGAUCCAUAUCUCGUAGAAUGGACCAAGUCGGCAAAGAAUCCAUUAAUGGCACCCGAUAACACGGACAAUAUCAAUGCGAGCUCAUUCAGGGACCCUACCACAGCUUGGCUAGGCCCUGAUGGGAAAUGGAGAGUGAUCAUUGGAAGCGAAAUAGGGAGCAGCGGAAUGGCAGUCCUAUACUGGAGCAAGGAUUUCAUUCAGUGGACUAAAGCUCAGCACUCUCUGCAUUCAGCAGAGGACACUGGAAUGUGGGAGUGUCCAGAUUUCUACCCGGUUUCUGGUACUGGAGCAGAUGGUCUAGACACAUCGACAAUUGGCCCUGGGGUUAAACAUGUCCUCAAGGUUAGCUUGUUUGACACCAAACAUGAUCACUACAUUGUUGGAACAUAUGAUAUUGUAAAGGAUGUCUUUAUCCCAGAUAAGGGAUCUGAGGAGUACAAAUCCUGGUUGAGAUAUGAUUAUGGGAAGUAUUAUGCAUCAAAGACCUUUUUCGAUGGUGCCAAGAACAGGAGGGUAUUGUGGGCAUGGAUCAAUGAGUCAACUGAUGCGACCAUUGAUGUCAAGAAAGGAUGGUCUGGCAUUCAGGGGAUUCCUAGGCAAAUUUGGCUGGACAGAUCUGGAAAACAGCUAGUGCAAUGGCCAGUUGAAGAGAUUGAAAAGCUAAGGAUGAAUCAAGUUGACUUGCCUGGCAGGCUGCUCAAGGGAGGUUCAAUGGUUGAAGUUUCCGGGGUCACGGCUGCACAGGCAGAUGUAGAAAUUGAAUUCGAGAUACCAGAGCUUGAGAAAGCAGAUUUUUUGGAUCCAAACUGGAGUGACCCACAAGCCAUUUGUAGACAAAAGGGUGCACCAGUGAGAGGUGGGUUUGGACCAUUUGGGCUGCUGGUUUUGGCUUCCAAGGACCUGCAAGAGCACACAUCAGUCUUCUUUAGAGUCUUCCGACACCACGAUAAAAACAAAUUUGCAGUGCUCAUGUGUAGUGACCAAAGCAGGUCAUCAUUGCUAUUGGAUUAUGACAAGACCACGUUCGGUGCUUUUGUGGACGUUGACCCCACUCGUGAGAAGUUGUCACUGAGGAGCUUGAUAGAUCAUUCCAUAGUGGAGAGCUUCGGGGCAGGGGGGAAGGCUUGCAUCAGUGCCAGGGUCUACCCUAGUUUGGCCGUUGAUGGCAACGCUCAUCUCUAUGCCUUCAACAAUGGAACUCAAAGUGUGAGAGUGUCAAAGCUGAGGGCGUGGAGCAUGAAGAAAGCUCAGAUCAAUUAUGCCAAUGAAAGAGCCAAUUACUAAACAGAUGAAAUCUGAGCUUAUAGCACUGGCAUUCAUAGCUUGUAUUUUGGUGGAAUUUCAGCAUGUUACCCGCUAUAAUUUUGGAUGAUUGAUUGAUUUGGGAUGAUUCACUAAUAGCUGAUUGUUAAGACCUAAUUGAUUUGGGGUGAUUGAUUGA